AUGUUUCAGCUUUUCUUUCCUGAACCUACCUCUUACUUACAACUAAUGUUACCUUGCUCUUUUUCUGCUUCCCGCUCGUCAGGAUUUGGUGGGCUUGAAACUACAAACUCCACUGCCAGUGGGUUUAAUUUUGGGGGUUUCGGAUUAACUGCUAAUCCUGCAGUGAAUUUUAAUAUUGGGAAUUUCGGUGUUUCUACUACCUCAACUCCACCAUUCAAUUUUGGUAACAGUCUGGCAAGUGCAGGUGCAUUUGGAGGAUUUGGGACAACGACCACCACUGUAGCACCAGCCUUUAGUUUUUCUGCUCCCACCAACACAGGCACCAGCGGACUCUUUGGUGCUACCCAGAACAAAGGCUUUGGAUUUGGUGCUAGUUUUGGCACGGGAACUGGAACUGGCUUGGGUAGUGGGUUGGGAACUGGGCUAGGCUUUGGAGGCUUUGGUACCCAGCAGCAACAGACCACACUAGGAGGUGGCUUGUUCAGCCAGCCUGCUCAGACACCGGCCCAGUCGAACCAGCUCAUCAAUACAGCCAGUGCCCUCUCAGCUCCCACGCUCUUAGGGGAUGAGAGAGAUGCUAUUUUGGCAAAAUGGAACCAGCUUCAGGCCUUCUGGGGAACAGGCAAAGGGUACUUCAACAAUAACAUUGCUCCAGUGGAGUUCACGCAGGAAAACCCCUUUUGCAGGUUUAAGGCUGUGGGUUACAGUUUAAUGCCCAACAACAAAGAUGAAGACGGCCUCGUGGUCUUGGUCUUUAACAGAAAAGAAGCAGAUAUUCGAAGCCAGCAGCAGCAGCUCGUGGAAUCACUGCACAAAAUUCUGGGAGGAAACCAGACCCUCACUGUCAAUGUAGAAGGGGUUAAAACAAUGCCAGAUGACCAGACAGAAGUGAUCAUUUACGUUGUCGAACGCUCACCCAACGGCACAUCGAGGAGAGUCCCCGCAACCACCCUCUACGCCCACUUUGAACAAGCCAACAUAAAGUCCUCCCUGCAGCAGCUGGGGGUCAGCCUCUCCAUGGCCAGAACAGAGCUUUCCCCAGCACAAGUCAAACAGCUGCUGCAGAACCCUCCUGCUGGUGUUGAUCCUAUUAUAUGGGAACAAGCCAAAGUUGAUAAUCCUGAUCCUGACAAGCUUAUUCCUGUACCAAUGGUGGGUUUCAAGGAACUGUUGAGAAGAUUGAAGGUCCAAGAUCAGAUGACCAAACAGCAUCAAACUCGAUUAGAUAUAAUAUCAGAAGAUAUCAGUGAGCUGCAGAAAAACCAAACAACAACUAUGGCAAAGAUUGCACAGUAUAAAAGGAAACUGAUGGCACUUUCUCACAGAACAUUACAGGUGUUAAUAAAGCAGGAGAUCCAGAGGAAAAGUGGCUAUGCAAUUCAAGCAGAGGAAGAGCAGCUUCGUGUACAGUUAGACACCAUUCAGUGCGAACUUAACGCACCUACGCAGUUCAAGGGCAGACUGAAUGAGCUCAUGUCCCAAAUCAGGAUGCAAAACCACUUUGGAGCAGUGCGUGCUGAAGAGCGCUAUUACAUAGAUGCAGACCUCUUAAGGGAAAUCAAGCAACAUCUGAAGCAGCAGCAGGAGGGCCUGAGUCACCUAAUUAGCAUCAUAAAGGAUGACUUGGAGGACAUCAAACUUAUAGAGCAUGGGCUGAACGAGAGUCUUCCCAUCAGAGGAGGAGUCUUCAGUUGACUGGUGCUGGGCUUACACAGAAUGUUGCUCAAGUUCAUGGUUCACCUUCCAAGGCUAAAACUGUUGAGGUAAAAUAAAACAUGUACCUUCUAGGAGCAGUGGUAUUUUGGUUGUUAUCUUUAGAAUUAGCAAAGCCUCUUCUAAGCUUUUGAACUUGACCUUUGGAAGGUUUCUAUUUUGUAAAGCUGUAUAUGCUUUAACAACAGAAGGAAAACUGAAUCUGUUCAGGUAUUGGUUUAUGAUAAAACUAUAUGUACUAUUGUACAUUUUUUUUUCUUUUUUCCUUUUU